CGCUGAGGCGAGAGGUCUUGAGCACUGCGGGCGGUAGACUGGUUUUGGGUUGGGGCCGGAGGCAUGACUGUUUGUGCGAGUGUGAAAGAAAAUAGUGGGCGAGGCUCUUGUCUACAGAACAUGAUGGCAAGUCACCUUGUAAAACCUGAUACUGGUAACUGCAAGAGACCAAGAGAGUUGGAGCCUCAAAUGCCAGAUAGUCUGCCACUGCCCUCUCUUGGAAAAUCAGAUUCCUCUUUCUCUGAAAGCUCUGGACUAUUUUAUAAAGACGAAGCCCUGGAGAAAGAUUUGAAUGAUAUGAGCAAGGAAAUUAAUCUGAUGUUAUCUACAUAUGCAAAGAUCUUAAGUGAGAGAGCAGCAGUAGAUGCAUCUUAUAUUGAUGAGAUAGAUGGACUCUUCAAAGAAGCCAAUACUAUUGAAAACUUUCUGAUACAAAAAAGAGAGCUUCUGAAACAGAGGUUUACAGUGAUUGCAAACACAUUGCACAGAUAAAAUUGUGUACUUAAAAUAAGCUGAGACUUUAAACCCAUUAUUGUUGUAAUGAAAGAAUGACAUAUAUGCUCUAAAAGUUGUUAAAGAAAA